AUGUUUAAAACGAAAGAAAGCGACGAACUUGAACUAUUCCCGACCAUCAAAGAAGUAAUCAAAGAGCUCUUUCCGGAUGCACCAAGCGCUGACGUUAAGAAAUAUACGAAACAGGUUUCAAACGCUGACGAAUAUGACCCUCUGUUAGUUAUUAAGCCAAACGAAGCGUGGAUCGCGGCUCACGGAUGGGCAGCUUAUAAUGCAGUAAUGGAUCGGAUCGCUACCUAUAAUCUCACUAGGGGACGCAGAGAUGAAAACAGUCGCUGUAUUUUCCAUUUCAGAGACGUUCAAGAGCUGUAUCUCGUUCGAGACACCAUGUUUGCUAACGGUGUCAUUCCAAACGCAUUCCACGUGCCAUCUACUUUGCAACCUCAACACGCGGGCGCUAAUAAUCUAAUACCCAUCGGACGUGUUUACAUUGUGCAUAAGCUGGGAUCGAAAAAAUCUGAGUAUGGGGAAGACACGGCGUUUUUUUUUGUUCAGUGA